CUCACGUGGCAAAUCUUUCAGUUGAUCACCCCUUUGACUCGACUCUCCACUCUCUUUCCCAAAACCCACCAACUCCUUUUACUUUUCUUUUCAAAUAAAAAAAGAACCCAGAAAUCUAGUACACUGUUUUUCUAUUGUACUCCAAUUCUACUUCAUAGAUUCUGUAGAAAGAAUAAGAGAUACAACAAUCAAAGAUCUUGCUUAAUCUGUAAAUAGCAAGAACAACAAUCAAAUUCUGGGUUUUCAAAUUAGUCAAAAAAAUAACCCCCAAGAUUUAUUAUCAUUGGGAACAGAGUAUUUUAUAGCAUUAAUUUUUAAUACUACUUUCCCAUUUUAUAUUACAGUAUCAUACUAUUAUUAUUAUUUUGAAUUACAGAAACCAAAUUUCAGACAGCAGACAAAGACACAGCCUAGAGUGUUGAUAUAAUGGUUAGAUAUUGAUGCAAAUUCAAGGAAUCUAGAGGGAGAAAGUAGAGAGAGAAAGUGGGGGGAAAUGGUGUUGAAGAGUAUGAGAUGGAUGGCAAAUUGGAAAGGGGUAAAUGAAGGGAAGAAAGGAAGGAUGAAAUGGGGUGGUUUUGUGAUGAUUCUCUCUCUAACUAUUUUCUCUCUCUUCACUCUUCUAUUGCUUGCUAGAUACACUGUCAAACAGCAACACAUUGGUUUUGAUAAUGGAUUUGGUGGGAUUUCUUCUUUUUCUUCAUUCACCAUUUUUGCUUGGAAACCCAUUUUCAGAAGUUCAGAUCUUCCAAGAAAUAGUCCCCUGCAUAAAAGGCUAUGGGGCCCGGUGAGGGAGUUGGGUUCUCUGUAUCCACAUGCAAAUCCUCGAGGACCCUAUGCCGCUCCCAGCUUGCAAUCAACGGGCUUCCUUUUUGUCAGGAUUCGAGGAGGUUUUCAUGAGAUCCGGAAUGCAAUAUCCGAUGCUGUUGCAGUUGCACGGUUGAUCAAUGCUACUCUCGUGAUCCCUGAGAUCCUCUCAACCACAAGCAGCAAGGGUAUUAGCUCGGAGUUUAAAAGUUUUGCUUAUUUAUACAAUGAAGAUCAGUUCAUGGCAGCAUUAGCUAAAGAUGUCAAUAUUAUUAAAACUCUUCCUAAGAAUCUUAAGGAGGCAAGAAGGAAAAAGAAAAUCCCUUUAUAUAGGGUGCCUAGCUCCGCUUCUCCUUAUUUCUAUAGACAUCAAGUUUUGCCAAUGUUGAGGAAGCACUCAGUUGUUGAACUUGUUGUCUCUGACGGUGGAUGUUUGCAGUCAAACCUUCAUCCCGAUCUGGAAGAGUAUCAGAGGUUGAGAUGCCGGGUUGCUUUUCAUGCCCUUCAAUUUCGGCAGGAGGUACAAGAGCUUGCCACCAAGAUUUUGAGAAGAUUACGAUCACCUGGGAGGCCUUUUAUUGCAUAUGAACCAGGUAUGACCCGAGAGGCUUUGGCAUACUAUGGCUGUGCAGAACUUUUCCAGGAUGUUCAUACUGAGCUUAUUCAACACAAAAGGUCGUGGAUGUUGAAACGGGGUAUUGUGAAAGGAAAGCUUUCCGUGGACUCAGCUCAACAAAGGCUCAAUGGUUCUUGCCCCCUCAUGCCUGAAGAGAUUGGUAUCAUUCUCCGUGCAUAUGGAUAUCGGUCAGACUCAGUAAUAUACAUCUCGGGUGGAGAAGUCUUUGGCGGUCAGAGAUUGCUAAUUCCUCUGCACGCCAUUUUUGAUAAUGUUGUUGAUAGGACUUCCCUUAGCACAAGUUAUGAGCUGACUAGGCUAUAUGGCCGUGAGUCAAACUUUGUGGACCCACCACCAAGACCGCCUCCUUCUGUGGUGGAAGAAAGGAAGCUUGAAGCAUGGAAAAAGACGGUCCCACGACCCCGUCCACUACCACCCCCUCCAGCACGGUCAAAGUAUCCACACAAUAUUGAAGGGUGGUGGGGUUGGGUUGCAGAGAGUGAUAAUGAGCCUGAUAGUACUGUUAUGGAGCUCAGAACUAAUGCACAUAAAUUGCUUUGGGAAGCCAUUGAUUACAUAGUUUGUGUUGAAGCUGAUGUUUUUAUUCCGGGAUUUGAUCGUGAUGGUAAGGGACGUCCGAAUUUUGCCAGCUUGGUUAUGGGGCACCGGCUGUAUCAGUCUGCUGCUUCUGUGACAUAUAGGCCAGACAGAAAAGAAGUAGCGAAAUUCGUAGAUGAUCUCCGUGAGGGAAUGCAGCCAGCAAACCGAACAUGGCUUUCAUCAAUACGCAAGCAUUUAAGAAGAACGCUGGUGGAUGGUCCAAUGGAAGCAUUCAACACUUCAAAACCACUCUCCUUUCUGUCGCAUCCCGUCCCUGAGUGUUCUUGCUGGAGGGGCAAAGAUAGUGUUUCAGCCGGUUUCAACCAUCAAGCUGCUUUGAAGGUGUGGCAGAGUUGCCCUUCUUGGAUGGGUGUAAAUGUGAAUUCCAAGCUAAAAGAGAAGGAAAGCGAUGACUUGGACGUAGAUGACGGGUUCAUAUCAUCGUUUUUCUUUGGUCGAGGUAUGGAAAAUCAGGGGGCGGGUAAUAAUGCUGGUAAAGAGGAAACACAUUUGGACGACCAAGAAGAACUGGAAGGUGGGGAAAGAUGACAAAUAACAUACUACUACUUCACUAGAUAUAUUUGAGAUCAUGUACAUAGGAAAUAUCGGAUGGGUUAAAAAAAUGUGAGCCUGAUUUCAUUUAAGCAUUUAAGCAUUUGGCUGCGGUUGGAAUAGGUUAGGAACUAGUAUAGUACCCGUGCGAUGCACAGUUUAUGAUAUGAAUAUUUAACCUGCAUAUUUAAAUUUCAGUUAUAGAACUUAUCAUUAAUAUAUAGCUUA